CGUGAACUCGCCCGCACCGCACCGCACCGCACCGCAGACGCCGCGCGCGAGAAUUUAACGAGAGAGAGACUGGCGCCGCGCCUCGCGGUCGCGGAGGCGGAGCCUGGACUGGAGCCAGCCAGACGGUGACGCGGCGAGGCGAGACACGGGGGUGGGGGGGAUGCCAGGAGCGGUGGAGCCGGCAGAGGCGGACGCGGCGGCGGCAGCAGCAGCAGCAGCUGCCGCUGCGAGUCGUCGGCGGCCGACGGCGGCCGAGCGCCGGCGCAUGUACCGCGACCUGGCGCUGUCGCUGCGGUGCGGGCUCCGCGACGCGGCCGCGGGGUUCUCGUUCCUGCGCCUGCGCGGCCUCCGCGCGCUCCUCCGCGCCCUCCGCUCCGCCGCCGACGCCGACGCGGGCCUCUUCCGCGACUCCCAGUCCAUCCGAGAUCUCCAAGUGAUCCCGGUGCUGUUCGAGCACAGCCUGCGCAAGGCGGCGGCGACCGGGGCCGGGGCCGGGGACGCGGUGCUGACGGUGGCGCAGGUGCUGGGCAUGGCACCCGCCGCGGCCAGGCUCAGGAACCCCGCCACGGACUCCGAGGUCGUGCUCGCGCUCAGGGUGCUCGAAGGCUGCUGCCUCCUCUGCCCGGCCUGCGCCGCCGCCGCGCACCGCUACAAUGCCGUCAAGGUAGUUCUGAAUAUACUGAUGACACGGGGCAUCCUUGAGCAAAGAGCAUGUCUGGACACCCUUUUAGCGUUGCUGGUGGAUUGCUCAGAAAAUCUGACGGAUUUCAAAGAACAAGAUGGGCUAAAUAAGAUUGCUGCUAUUGUAAAAGACGCAAACAGGGACGACAAUGUAAGGUUAAAAUGUUCAGAGUUUCUGCUUCUUUACUCUGGAAAUGCAAAAGAAAACUGCGGCGCAGCUUCCUCCGAGUCUAAUAUGCAAGAAGACUUGGAAAGACUUUUCGGAGAAAAAUGUGCAUCAUUUAUCUGCUCAAUGAACCUAUUCAGCUCAACUUUAGAUUCACAAAUGAGGCAAUCUGAGCUGAGCUUUCUUGCAGAGCAUGUGUUGGAUUACAUGUAGUAGCCAUACUAAAGAUGACCAUAAUUGUGUCAUUCCCUUCACAGAUAUGCAGUUGUCAGUGGUCGAAAAUAGAGUUCGGUGCUCCAAAAUGUAUGUUUCCUAUUAAUUUGGGUAACUGAUGACGGUGUUAAUAUAUCAGCUCAACGACUCCGAAGGUUUCACCUGCGUUAAAA